AUGACUAAUAUUAAUGAAGACGAAAAUAUACAUAACUGGCUAAAUGAAGAAUUUCCAUUGGAUAAUAACAUGCUAACAGAUGAAGAGAUCUCGGAUGAUGAAAAUAUUGAUUGCGAAUCAGAUAAUGAUUUUAGUUUACCCUAUGUUGAUGAAGUUGCCGAAUCGAUGGAAAAUAAUCCCUUCGACAACUAUUUAGUAGUUUUGGAUACUGACGUACAAUCACAUUUACCCACUGUAGAAACUCAAGAGCCAGUCGUUAUAAAUGUACCUGCGACUCCGGUUCCAGGCCCAUCUACUAACUUUCUGCCCCAUUCGGACUCUAUAACUUCCUCAAUAACUACAAAUACUGACGAAACUGAAGAAUCAUAUUAUGAACCUAAUCGAAAAUGGUCUAAAAAAAAUAAAACAACUGAUAUACCAAAUUAUUGCCUUCCAACUGGACCAGUAGAUGAACUUUUUCAUGGUGAAACGGCUACAUCGGUUUUUCUUGAACUUUUAGACGGCUUUCUCGAUCAUCUUGUUUUUCAAACAAAUUUAUAUGGUACUCAAAGAGAUAAAAUACUGAACAUAAAACGACACGAAAUGUUGAAUUUUAUUGGAAUUAAUUUUUUUAUGGGUUAUCAUAAAUUACCUAGCUGGAAAAACUAUUGGUCAACUUGUCCAGAUCUUGGUGUUAAUUUAAUAUCUAGUACAAUGCCACGAAAUAGGUUUGAUCUAAUAUUAUCAAAUUUACAUGUCCAGGACAACACUUUAAUUCCUCCAAAUAAUACAGACAAACUUUUUAAACUUAAUCCAUUGAUUGAUUAUUGUACUGAAAAAUUUUCUAAAUCAUAUUAUGGCACGAGGGAAUUAUCAAUAGACGAGUCUAUGAUAGUUUUUAAGGGAAGAAGUAGUAUGAAGCAAUACAACCCCAUAAAGCCGAUAAAGCGUGGUUAUAAAAUAUGGUGUAUGUCUGAUCAGAAUGGUUAUAUAAACAAUUUUAAAAUAUACCAAGGUAAAGAUGAACAAGUGUCUGACGAAUUCAAACAUUUUGGGCUUGGAGAAAGAAUCGUACUGCAACUGUCUAAAAGUGAGUGGCAUAAAAAUAGAUGCUUCAUUUUUGACAAUUAUUUUACGUCUAUUCCUCUUUUAGAAAAACUUAAACUCGAAGGUUGUUUAGCUUAUGGCACUAUUCGACCAAAUCGUAAAGGUUUACCAAAAUUGGCUGAUGAUACAAAAUCUAAAAGGGGAACUUAUGACUACCGCAUAUCUGAUUUAGGUAUUAGCGUCUUUAAGUGGAAAGACACAAAAACUGUUCAUUUUGCAUCAAAUUAUCAUGGAUCUGAGGUAACAACAGUUUUACGUAAAAACAAAACUGGGGAAAAAAAUAAUGUCACAUGUCCGCAAAUUGUCAAAGACUACAAUCGUUUUAUGGGUGGCGUAGAUCACGCAGAUCAAUUGCGCACGUCGUAUGGAGUAGAUCGGAAGUCAAAAAAAUGGUGGCACAGAUUAUUUUGGGGUAUUCUAGAUAUAAUGUUCAUAAACGCAUUCGUAAUUUAUAAGGAACGGCAUGGAAAAAUACCACUUUUGGUAUUUCGGCGUCAAGUUGUACAGGGCCUUUUAUCUGAAAAAGAAGUUAUUACUCCGUCUCGAGCACAUUUAUUUCAAAAACGUAAGAAUACAGAAAACACUGAAGUACCGAAAAAAAGAAGAGGAAAACAGCUAUCAGUUUCUAAAGACGUCAGGUUGCAUAAUCGAGGAAUUCAUUGGCCAAAAUUCACUAAAAGUCGUGGUCGAUGUGAAUUAUGUUCAUUUAAAUAUCAACUACAAUCAAGACCGUUCUCAAAAUGUUUAACGUGUAACGUUUUCUUAUGUUGUAAUGACAAGAAAAAUUGUUUUGCUGAAUAUCAUGACAUAAACUGUAAUGAAUAA